AUGGUGAAAUCUUACUUUAAAUUCGAGCAUUCGAAUACGUUCGGGCUCAUCGCCUCGGCGUCGUCGAAUGCGAUCUGGGCGAAGGAUGACCAGACCGCGGGUGCUGGUCGCCAGACAGGCGCCGGGCGGGCAAUCGUGGGUGCUAGCGAGGCGGUCUUGUGUUGGGAUGUCAAAAAGGGAGAAUUGCUCGGCCGCUGGCGCGACUCAGCCUGUAGGGCGCAAGUGACUGUGGUCGCCCACAGCCAAACGGAUGAAGAUAUCUUCGCAGUUGGCUACGAAGAUGGCAGCAUUCGAAUUUGGGACUCGCGAACUAGCACCAUCAUCAUCUCUUUCAAUGGACACAAAUCCGCCAUCACCCAGCUGGCCUUCGACAACGCCGGUGUGCGCCUUGCCAGUGGUUCCAAGGACACCGACAUUAUCAUCUGGGACUUGAUUUCCGAAGUUGGUCUAUUCAAACUCCGCGGACACACCGAUCAAAUCACAUCGCUUCACUUCCUCUUCCCAUCGGCAGAGCUCCUCACUGCUUCUGGGCUCAGCGAACACUCGGGCUUCCUAUUGACUACUGGAAAGGACGCAUUGAUCAAGGUCUGGGAUCUGGCAUCGCAGCACUGCAUUGAAACACAUGUUGCACAGUCCAAUGGCGAGUGCUGGAGUCUGGGUCUUUCGCCUGACCAGGGUGGUUGCAUUACUGCAGGAAAUGACGGAGAGCUUCGGGUUUGGUCGAUUGACGAGAGCGCUAUGCUUGAAAUUUCGAAGGAAAAGGUUGGCGCAGAAGGUCGCAAAAUUCUCACAGAUCGAGGAACAUUCUAUCGUCACGGCAAGGAUCGCACCAUCGGCAUUCGCUUCCACCCCAAGGCAGAUUACGUUGGUUUCCAUGGCUCGGAAAAGUCGGUCGAGGUUUGGCGCAUCCGGUCCUCGGCAGAAGUGCAGAAGAGCCUUGCGCGUAAGAAGAAGCGCAGAAAGGAGAAGGAGGCGCAACGUCAGGAUGGAGAGAAGGAGGUUGAAGCUGCCCUGGAGAAGCCUGAGGAUGUUUCCUCUGCGCCUGUUACCGAGGUCUUUGUCUCUCAUGUCAUUGUCCGAACUGGUGGAAAGGUUCGUUCCUUCGACUGGAUGAUGAACAAGUCCAGCAACCUCAACAUACUUGCCGCGACCACAAACAACCAGUUGGAAGCUUACAGCGUCGUCACGGCGAACAAGAAGAAGAAGGAUGAGGAAGAUUCCGAGUACACUCGCAACCUGGCAGUGGAUAUUCCUGGUCACCGAACAGAUAUUCGGUCAAUUGCGUUGAGCUCCGAUGACCGCAUGCUCGCAUCGGUAUCAAACGGCAGUCUCAAGAUCUGGAAUGUGCGCACAGAAACCUGCUUGCGUACUCUCGAGUGCGGUUAUGCACUGUGCUCUGCAUUCCUCCCGGGUGACAAGAUUGUGGUGGUUGGAAACAAGAACGGUGAAUUGGAAGUGUUCGACAUCGCGUCUUCUACCUUACUGGAUACUAUUAAGGCACACGACGGCCCUGUUUGGUCGCUCCAUGUGCACCCCGAUGGCAAAUCCAUGGUCAGUGGAAGUGCAGACAAGACGGCCAAGUUCUGGGAAUUCAAGGUCGUCCAAGAGGAGAUUCCUGGCACGAAGCGCACCACGCCUCGUCUCAAGCUAGUGCACACAAGAAUGCUGAAGGUCAACGACGACAUCCUCAGUCUCCGCUUCUCACCGGAUGCACGCCUGCUAGCAGUCUCUCUGCUGGACAACACCGUCAAAGUCUUCUUCGUUGACUCAUUGAAACUCUUCCUGAACCUCUACGGCCACAAGCUUCCUGUUCUCAGCAUGGAUAUCUCUUACGAUAGCAAGCUGAUCGUUACUUGCUCGGCCGACAAGACCGCUCGUAUCUGGGGAUUGGACUUUGGUGACUCCCACAAGUCUUUCUUGGCCCACGAAGACAGUGUGAUGGCAGUGGCAUUCGUUCCCCAUAACAAGGAUGGAAACGGUCACAAUUUCUUCAGUGCAAGCAAGGACCGGGUCAUCAAGUACUGGGACGGCGACAAGUUCGAGAACAUCCAGCGACUUACCGGACACCACGGCGAGAUCUGGGCAUUGGCUAUGGCUCAUUCCGGUGAUUUCAUCGUCAGUGCUAGUCACGAUAAGAGUAUUCGCAUUUGGCAGCAGACCGAUGAGCCUCUCUUCCUCGAGGAGGAGCGUGAGAAGGAGAUGGAAGAAGAAUACGACGCCACUCUUACCGCGUCUCUGGAUCAGGAGGACGGUGAAGAAGGCGAAAAGGCCGAAGCCGUCGAUGCUGGCAAACAGACUUCGGGCACUUUUAUGGCUGGAGAAAAGAUCAUGGAAGCUCUGGACUUUGGUGUCGAAGACCUCGCACUCGUGAGCGAAUGGCGCAAGGUCAAGGCCGCUAACCCGAAGGCCGCGGCCGUGCCGCCUGAUCGUAACCCGCUCUACCUCGCGCUGAACAACGUUUCUGCUGAGCAGCACGUUCUGAACACCAUACAGAAGGUCCCCGCCGCUGCCCUGCAAGAUGCUCUCCUAGUCCUCCCCUUCUCCAAGCUUGGCGCACUCUUCACCUUCCUUAAAAUCUUCGCCGAGCGCGAAUGGAACGUGCCCCUCACUUGCCGCGUGCUAUUCUUUAUGCUGAAGACACACCACCGGCAGAUCGUGGCUAGUAAGAUGAUGCGCCCGCUGCUGGACGACAUCCGGGUCUCGCUGCGCCGAGUUCUUGCUCGCCAAAAGGACGAGAUGGGCUUCAACUUGUCUGCACUGCAGUUCAUCGGCAACCAGAUCCGCGAUCACGGCACCAAAGACUAUAUUGACGAAGAGAACUGGGAGAAGACAGCCAACCAGAAGGGGUCGGGCAAAAAGCGGCAAUUCAUGAGCAUUGCUUGA